AUGACGCAUUUGAACUUUGCGAUCAAUUGUGGCUUGGCACUUACCAUGACUGAUCAGUCGGUUGGCCAGGCGCUCGCCGUCGCCGUCGUUUUCGAGACCUCCCUAGCAGUCUCUCAGCAGUGGCGAAAGAUCAUUGGCGAUUAUCUCAUGCCCUGUCUCAAGCGCCUAGGUGAAGCCCACCACACUGGAGGGAAGCUUAGGCUUGCCAUCGUCAGCUAUGCUACUGCGGAUAAUACGCCCUCUCCCAUCCUGGCCAAGCAUUUCUUCACCGACUUUCAUGUGAUGUUCAAGGAGAUGAUGGAGCAUCCAUCGCGGUUCGGGAUUGGGGCCACAAACUCGGGCGGCAGUCGUGGCAUGUCCGCUCUGGAGGGUCUAGUGGCGAGCAUUGAGCUGUUCGAUUCACUCCUGCAGCAUACCUCUGCAAGCAAGUACACAUGCCAUAUAAUCCAUAUUGCGGCCUCUCCUCCUGAUAGUACUCGAUACCCAUCUUGGAAUGAGACGGUAGCCUUGGAUGAAGUAGACUGGGAAGCACUGCCGCAAGAGUUGAAGAAGAGAAAUAUCCACUAUAACACCAUUAACCUCAAGCCGUCCCUCCCUCGCUUCCCACAACUACACAAUACGCUAAAUGGCGAAGGGCCUGCACCUUUUUUAACCGCUCGACCGCCUCAUGUGCUCUUCCUCGGUCCAAUUUCAUCACUUCAACUACCCAAAGGUCCAGCCUCAACUAAACGCCAGAUCGAUAUCCAAAGUAUGGAACAUUCUCCAGAGAACAAGCGGCAGCGUCUCCAACCGAGCACAGAGUCACCGAAACCCACACCGAAGCCGGCUGCGGCUGUAGCAGCCCCGCCGCCGCCACCACCAUUACCGACACCGCCCUCCGUUGCGCCUGCUGCAUCUACUCAACCUCCAAAACCUAUCCACAACGCACCAUCUUCUCAACCACCACAACCGCCACAACCACAACCACCUCAACCACAACCGCCACAAAUGAACCCAGCACAGAUGAAUCCAAGGAUGGCUCUCGAGAUGGGAAUGAGAGCUCUCAAACAUGUCGAGGUGACAAUCCAGGCGGCAAUGGCUACUGGUAAGACCGAGAACCUGGAAAUGCUCAAGCGCGACUAUCUCAAGCGCAAGGAUUUUGUAACAAAGAUGGCCCAGGCCAUCCAAGCUAUGAAAGACGGCGGCGCAAACCCCUUUGGCAUGAGCAACCCAAAUCAAUCUAUGCCUCCUGGAAACGCACCUCCUCAAGUAGCAGAAAACUCAGUAGCAGCCCACAUCCGCUCCGCCAGUGGUUCGGCCUUCCGACCCAACCCCAUCGCUCCGAACCCUCCCGCGCCCACUGGCUCCAGCCCCAGCACGUCAGCUACUCUGAGUAUCAACAUGCAGAUGCAGAAGAUGAUUGAGCAGCAGAAGAGCAGGUUAAGCGCGGGCCAGGGCUCCCCUAUCGUGGGUGGCAUGCCCAACCCGCCGCCCAACCCUAAUCCGAAUCCAAACCCUAUGGCGGGCGGGAUGAACCCCAUGGGAGCCGCAGCGGGGAUGAACUCCAUGGCUGGACCAAGCCAGCCGAUGGUACCCUCGAAUAAUCCCAAUCCGGUGCCGGUGUGGAAAGGUUCGUUGGUCUAUUCGGGCACAAGUGCGUCGGGCAAGAAGGAGGUGUCUAUUCAGGCAGUUGCGAUGACUGCUUUCCCAGCUGUUGCGCAUUCUAAGACGUGGCCACAAACCAUGCAUCUCGUGCCUACGCAGCAACAGAACCUGACCUUGCUGGAUCUGCAAGGGUGGAUUAAGGCGCACAAGGCGGGCUUUUGCUUAUUCCGCGUCCCACCUGAUGCGUCAGAUGCGAAGACAAACGAAAGCUAUUACAUAGGCCUUGUACAGCUGUUAUUCAAUAGGAAGAUCUUUGCUACUGCUGCAUGGACGACACCGUCAGGCGGCCAGACGAAGAAUGCGGUAUUCUUCCCCUGGAAUGGUGCACUCGCUGGUGCAGUCUUCCCUCUGACGGGUAUGCCUGAAUUUCCUGCGCCGUCGGCGCUCCUAUCGUUAAGUGUUCCUCCUGGAAAUACGGACCCUGCGCAGUGGGAGCAAUUAACUCCCGACCAACGUCGCGUCUACCUUGCGCGAUUGCAAGCGUAUCAGCAACAUCGGCAGCAGCUUCAGCAACAGCAGCAGCAGCAACAGCAACAAAUUGCGUCUGGCCAGGGUAUAAACCCCAUGAAUCCAUUCGCGACCAGCAGUCAUCCAACAGGGCAGAUGGUUGGGAUGAACGCGCCCCCACUCGGUCUGCCUGGAGGUAUGAUGAACCGACCUCCGUUGAAUAAUCCAGUCAGCUACGAGAUGCUGCAGUCGUUCAUGCAGAGGAGUGCUGAUAAUAACAGCAAUAACGGCAUGAAUCAGAAGAGUUGA